UAUCGUGAAUAAACGUAAGUGCUCCCCGAGCUCACCCGUCCGCUAGAGUAGCCUAGCACCGCCCUGUUCUGCCCCGUCCUGUCUUGUCUUGUACCCCCUCCCUCCCCGUCUUGCCCCAACGUCCCAGUAGUGGACGUUACACGUUGACUCGAAACUCCACCAGUGUCAAGGUUGCACUAUCAGCUUCCACCAGAACUGCAACCACAACCAUGUCCAUAUGUGUGACUUUUGUCGCACAGGAAAGCUGUCUGACUGUGGGCUGUGUGGCAAAACUACCGUUAUCGAGCCCGGUACCAAGCCGCCGGCAUUCCGUUGUCAUCGCUGCUACCUGCCUUGGCAUCUGGAAUGCAUGAAUACCCUCGAGCUGCCUCCGAUCGGCCGCUAUCGCCACAACCACAAGUGGAGCUGCUGCUUUUGUCAGUCCAUACCUGCGAACGUCAAAACAAUUCUGACAUAUACCGAAGACUGGAGCAAUACCAGCGAGGCGCUUGGCGACAUUUACAAGCGUGUCGCCAAGGUCUACAGCGACCAUCCCUUUCGUCUGUACUUGGUCAAGCUUGAGAACACCGCCUACCGGUGGGCGCUGUGGGUUCCCGACUGGUGGAUCAGCCGCGUGUGUGAGCCCAAGCUCUUGGCCUUUCUCAAAGCUGCCCUCCAAUCGCCCGGCCUGCAUCCGCGGCCCAAGAGUGCCGUGAUCAUGGAAGAGUGGACGCACGUCAGCCGAAUCUUGCAGUUCAAAUCCAGGACCCAAAAGUACACCCAUUCUGCGCCACGAAAUAUCGCCUCGAUCGAUGAGGUCCUUGUGUCUUGGAAGGGCUUGGAUAUCGAGACCUCGACCUGGGAGUCCUGGCCCACACCAGAGGAUGCCGAAUACCAAGAGUUUGUCGAUAGCUGGAAGCGAGAGCUCGAGCUGGAGAAUCGGUUGUCGGUCAAGAGCCUCCCUCUCCCCAAAGCCUUCCGUCCCCCGGACGAGAAAACUCCUGAAUUUUUGAACAACUGUACGCUGAAGCAUUAUCAGAUCGAGGGCGUGGGCUGGCUGCUCUACAACCACUUUCAUACGGUUUCAUCGAUUCUCGCCGACGAGAUGGGGUUGGGCAAAACGCUCCAGAUUGCCACCUUUAUCGGGCACCUGAUCAAAACCUACAACCGCUUUCCGCAUCUGAUCGUUGCGCCGCUCUCGUUGAUCGACCACUGGAUCCGCGAAUUCAAGCGAUGGACUCCCUGGAUCGAAGUGGUGUCCUAUUGCGGCGAAAAAGCGUCAAAGAAAAUGGUGUACGACCACCUCAUGUUCCUGGACAAGCGACGGUCCAGGAUGCGAUGCCACGUUAUCAUAUCGACCUACGAGAUUAUGCAGAACGAGAGCCAGUUGUUUCGAUUCGUGCCGUUUGAGACCCUCAUUUGUGAUGAAGGCCACCGAAUCAAGAACGAUAGCACCAAAACCUAUGCCGCGAUCCAGGCCAAUAUCAAGGCAGCACACAAAGUCGUCAUGACCGGUACGCCGCUGCAGAAUAACUUGAAGGAGCUGCACAAUCUGAUGUGCUUCCUGGAUCCUGCAAAGUUCGCCAACUCCUCGUGGCGCGAUAACAAGAUUGAAGAUCUCUCCGAAGAGAGCGUCAAGACACUCCACGACGAGCUCGUGCCAUAUAUCCUGAGGCGCACCAAAGCCAAGUAUAUGAGCGACCUUCCCCCCAAGAUCGAGCGGUUCGUUCCGGUCAGCUUGACGCCGCUGCAACGUAAGAUAUACAAGCUAGCGCUGAUGAAGAAUGUGUGGCUCUUCAAUCCAGACACCAAGAAGGGCCAACCUGAACAGGCACUCAGGCGCACACUUGCGGAUCUCCGACUCCUCUGCAUCCAUCCGUUCAUCGAGGAGGAUAACGAGAUUGCUUACUUCAAGGAAAACUAUCCCGAGUUGGUGAAGCUGGAUCCCAUGGACUCCAGGCGAAUCGCAAAGAUGAUAGAAGUCAGCGGCAAGCUCGAGCUAUUGUCCAAGAUGCUGCGGAAGCUGAAGCAAAAUGGCAACAAAGUCCUGAUCUUCUCGCAGUUCAAGCUGGCUCUGAACAUUCUCGAGGACUUUCUCGACUUUGAACGCUACAAGUUUGUUCGCAUGGACGGCGAAACGACCCAGUCGGACCGAGUCGAUGUCAUCGGCAAGUUUGAGGAUGCAAACUCGGAUGUGUUUGUGUUUCUGUUGACCACGCGAACAGGCGGUCUUGGCCUGAAUCUAGUCGCGGCAGACACGGUCAUCAUCUUCGACCCCGACUGGAAUCCCCAGUUGGACAAGCAAGCGGUUGCGAGAGCGCACCGCAUCGGACAGACGCGGCCGGUCUGCAUCUACAGGUUGUUCACCCAGCACAGCGUCGAAGAGAAAAUUAUGGAAAUCGGCAAAUCCAAGAUCAUCUUGGAGCACUUGAUUGUCCAGAAAAUGGACGAGAGCCUUGACAAAAACGAGGUCCAGGAUAUCCUCAAGUUCGGUGCCCAAAGCAUCUUUUCGGAGAACUCGCCCAAGGCGAUCGUCUAUGACGACGAGUCGGUGGACAAGCUCCUUGAUCGCACCGUUACUGAGGAGCAAAAAGCCGCUGCCGAAGCCGAGGAGCUCAUGUCGUUUGAGGUCGCCAAGGUCUGGACCGAGAACGGGGACGAACAGGCGAAAAAGUCGGAGGAGGAGCUUGACCAAGAGAUUUGGAAGCAGAUCCAGAUCGAAAUCGAGCACAACAAACAGCAGCGACUCGAGCAGUAUGCCAUCGACGAGAGUGGCGGCCGCGCAAAACGAGCUUCGCGUAUGGAUAUCAACUACCGCGAAUCACAGCAGCGCCACAGAGUCGAGGACGUCGCACGUCUCGAUCCCGAGUUUGUUCCCGUCGACUCGUCGUCGAGCUCCGACGACACUCUGCCUGAAGAUCAGGACGACGACAUGAUCGGCGUCGACAAAGUUCAAGCAAAGCCAGACCCGCGCGCCACCAAGACUACCCGUCCCGGCCUGCCUCUCCGUACUGCCCAGCCUGCCGCGGCCGCCUCAGCUGCGCCCGUGCGGGCACCGAUAACACAGACCGGAUUCACUGUGAUGAUAUCGCCGUCGCCGUUGGUUUAUUUCUGCUGCUGGCUGUGCGGAGAGCCCACCUAUCAUCCUGUCGAAAGCUGCCCCAAAGCCCUGGAUUACCAUCACCUGCAGCUCUGCCGCGGAAUCUUGACACAGCAGCUACAGCUCAACCUUGGGUCGAUCAUGGAGCUCAAUGCCAAGAUCUAUCUGGUCGACUGUUGGAUGAAGCGACUUCGACCCCAACCCCAUGUCAGCAUGGCGCCUCCAAGCACACCUACGGUGGCAGCGCUUCCUGGAACCGCCGCUGUUGCUGCCGCGAUCCCAGAACCGGGCCCUUCUGCAGCCCCGCCUAACAAGGGGGGAAAUGCCUCUUCUGUCAAUCAAUCGCAUUCAAGCGCCGGCCCGGCCUCCACCCCUUCCCAGCCGCCGAAACCGGUGCCGGCUCAGCAAUCCUCCACACCUAAUCGUGCACAGAAACCGACGCUCCUUGCUGAUAGAGAACCUCUCGCAGCAGCCAGCAAUCCAACAACUGCUGCACCUCUUCCUCUUAGCAGCAACAACAACAACACCCCAUCAACUCCCGCUGCUGUCGCCAACCGCCCAGCGGCGGCCAAUCAACCGCCCACGAGAAAGUCUGCGGCGACAACUCCAACGUCCGCGCUGCCUGCUUCCCUGAUCAGUCUCAUUGGCUCUCUCAAGAAGCGUGAGUCUCCGUCGUCUGUUGCAAAACCUGUGCAGCCGGCGCAAAAUGCAAAGGCCAUCCUGGACGAGCUCUUCAAGGGCAGUGCGGCUUCUGAAGAACGGAAUGAGCCAAACAUCCCGCCCCAAGGCCCAGCUGCUCCCGUCGUAGCCCAAGCCUCUUCACACCAGGGUGCGAUUGCGGCCGGGCUCGUGGGAAUCCCUGUAACCACAAUCUCUCCAACUGCGCGACCUGCUGAGUCGGCCCCGAUCGGCACCACAAAUGAGGCACAAGUCCAAAAGGCGAUGACUGAGAAUGGCUCUGGGAGAUUCGAGCAGCUGUCACCGGGUCUGCCGACGACCGCACAGCCUUUGCGGGCACCUCAAGGCAAUGUGUGCGAGCUUUGUGGCGAGAACGGACAUCGAGUGAUCGAGUGCGUCGCAGCCAAGAAAGACCCCCGUCGGAUGGAGCAGGUUGCCAGAGAGCGACAGGCGCAAGGCUUGAUCUCGCCAGCGCAGAUGAGCGUCAUCAGCAAGACCAUCGAGCUGUUCAGGGGCCGACGGGAUGCGCUGGAGAGCUCGGCUGCAGCGGCGCAGAAUGACAUCGAGAUGAUUUAGGAGCAGUGCUGGCCACGAUGUGAACUGCGAUGGCUGCAUGUGGAAGUUGAAUACACGCACAUCCAUCAUCCUCA